AUGUGUAACCGUGUACGUGUUGUAUAGACGAGAACGAUCGCACACAGACGCAAUGGUAACCGCUGGCGCUGGGUUAAAACGCUUUGCGACGGUUUCGCCUGGUACGGGUUACGUGGUUCUCGGGCUCACGACGACGACGACGACGCAGGACGCAGUACGGACAUCGAUCAGUUUCAUUCGAGAACCUGUUCGCAGCUGUUACUCAGUUGGCUCUGGCUCGUUCGAGGUGCGCCGUCAUCGUUUAUAGUCGUGUUGCGAGUAAAUACGAGUACGAGUACGACCAUCGGUUUGUUUAUUUUACUGGUUUACGCUAUUCAGUUUCCUAUUUCGUACCCGUAGUAUCUAGUCGACUUUGCACUCCGGUUCGUUCGAUUAUUUGCGUCGAAUCGUCAAUUUUUUGGCCCAAUUUUCGGCUCAGUGGUGACGUGUUGUUUGGGUUUGUGUGUGUGUACCUUGCUUGCUUACGGUGGUGUUUGUUGAGUGCGCGGUGUGGUGAUAGAUGCGGUGCUUCAAUCGUUCCAUCGUUUAUGUGUCGUAGUGCGCGAAUAUAAUUCGGUUAGCAGAAGACCAGCAGCUAGUUAGAUAAGUGGUAACGUUUUUAAUUUGCGCGUGCACAAGUUGUAGUAAUGAGAAACUCCUCUCUAUUAAAAUGGACUCAAAACGCGAGCAACAAAUCUGGAAAAGAAAACAAAAGCUGGAUCCAUCCGCCAGAAACUCUUCAAAAAGGACAUAUCGCAUAUUUAGUCAAAUUUAUGGGGAGUGUGGAAGUUGACCAACCGAAAGGUUUUACUGUAGUUAGAGAAGCUAUUCGUAAGUUAAGAUUUAAUCAACAAAUUAGAAAAUCUUCGGAAGGUACAAAAUUACCAAAAGUCGAAUUAACUAUUAGCAUCGAUGGCAUUACCAUUCAAGAUCCAAAGACGAAGACAAUCAUGCAUCAGUAUCCGCUUUAUCGAAUUUCUUACUGCGCUGAUGACAAAGUGGAAAGGCAGUUUAUCAGUUUCAUCGUCAAGGAGCAGGAUUCGGAACAACAUACUUGUUUCGUGUUCCUUAGCGAUAAGCUAUCCGAAGAGAUAACCGUAACUAUUGGCCAGGCAUUCGAAUUAGCUUACAAGUUGCAACCGGCCAACAAACCGAACAAGCUGUCGUUUCGCGCCCGCCAGCUCGACGUAUCGAAGCCGAUGCCGAUCUACAUGUCCGAAGACCUCAGCGACCUGGCCGAGACGACCGAAAUCAAACGAGCCGUGCCGCAAAUGCCGACCGGUAUGGAAAAAGACGAAGAAUGCGAGCACCAUUUGCAGCGGGCCAUCGUCACCGGCACGGUUAUCCCGACGCCGGAGGUCAACGAACUCGACCAGCUGGACAUGUACCGCAAAACGUACUGCGCCGCUCGCUACCAAAUGCCCAAGCAGCUCGUACGAAUGCAUCCGUUCGCCUUGGAGCAGGAGGCGGCCGAAUACGACGCCGACUCCGAGGACGAAGAGUGGCUCAACUCGCACGGCAAAUCGCUCAACAUCGAUAUGGAUAAAUUCGAGGCGAUUAUCGAUAAGCUAGAUAAAAAUAGUAAUUUUUCUGUGAUAACGUUACCAGAAUCGAAAUCGUUGUUGAAAGAGAACAACGACGAUGUCGUCGAAGCCGUCUACGAUUACUGGCUGUCGAAAAGGCUGCGUCUGCAGCACAGCUUGAUACCUACGGUGAAAACCGAGGCCGGAAUGGGUCCGGCUAACGAUCCGUAUAUAGCGUUUAGACGUCGUAAAGAUAAAAUGCAGACGAGAAAGAAUCGUAAAAACGACGAAACCUCGUACGAGAAGAUGCUGAAGCUGAAGAAAGAUCUGAGUUGCGUUUUCACCUUGUUCCAGCUUGUGCAGAAGCGUGAAAACGCCAAGCUGCAGAUGGCCAAGUUGCACGAGGAGAUAUACAAGAAACGCUACGAAGCUCGCGAUUUCAACGGUGUUCUGCUCAACGAGGUCAAGAGCCUGAAACGAACGCAGCUCUAUACGUCUCUGAGCGCUUCGCUGGCUGCGGCCAACAUGUCUUCGGUCCAGGCCCACCACCAUCAUCAUCACCAGCAACAACACCAUCAUCAGCAGACGCUAUCCUGGGCUCAGAAGGCUAAAGAGCUAAAGAAACCGUUCGUCAAGCAGACAGCAGUUUCUUCGUACUACAUGGACGACAGCAGUCCGACGAAAAAAGAACGUAGACCGUAUAAACGGAGAAAACGCCAACGUCUGCAUAACGGCAGCUACGACAGCUUGCUGGCCAGCUCGGACGAAGAGAAAUCGCCCGACGGAUCGCCGAACGUGCAAUCUUCGGCGGCCGGAGGAGCCUCUGAUGAGAAUCCAUUCUCGUUCAAAAGGCAGAAGAACUGUAGCUACCUGGCUCCUCGAAACGACGAUCUGGGCUGGGAUUACGAUAUCGACGAGAUGUGCGGUAACGAAAACCGACGGUUUUAUUCGGCCUAUAUUUCGGUACCGAAUUUACGUAAUGUCGGUUUCGUUCGCCGAAGACUGGGUCGAGGCGGUCGAGUAAUCCUAGACCGAACCGGAUACACGAUGGAUGAUAUCUGGUCCAAAUUGGACUACACAGUCAACGAAUCGGGCCCGCCCAAACGUGCGGAAUUCGCUAAAUACAAACCGAAAUCACCGCUGUCGUCGUCGUCCGACGAAACCGACGAGUUCUUUUACGAAAGCGACGAAUCGACCGAUUCGGUCAAACCGCUGUUGGAAAUCGAGAACUUGAUGUAUUCGGCGACGACGACGACUACGAACGGUUCGGGUAAAGAUAAAACUUGCCUGGAAAUAGAGUUCAAUAAUCCGCUAAAGAAGGAUUCGACGUAUACGAUGUUGGAUCACAUUAUUAGCUAUAUGGAUACGGCGGCGGCUACCAAAGCGGGCUCGUUCGGCUCGUCGGUCAAAAGUGAAACAAACGGAUCGAUACUGGAUCGAUGGGCGUUCGCGAAUAAAGACAGCAAAGCGUGCAAACCGGUGUCCAGCUUUUACCUCGGUCCGGACGCCGAUCAGGUCGGAUGCUCCAGCUUUCGCACUUGCGAGUACUCGGAUGCGUUGGCUUCGUUGAAAAGUGAUAGUAAUUUAAUUAACGUCGUAUAUCAUUAGUCUAAUAAUAAUUAGUAUCUCCCUUGUAGGGAGCCUGCUGUAUAGUUCGAUAUGUUUGUAAAUAUGUAGGGAUGUUCUGGGGGUGCCCAGGUUCGGGAUGAUGGCGAUGGUGUCCCAAUGGGACGGUCUGAGCGACGAGAACGAUAUCUCUAUCUCUUUCUCUCUCUCUUUAAUUCUCUAGUCAGUUAAGUCGUCGUUUAAUUAUGUUUUAUCAUGCUUCUUGUGUCUUCUUCUGCUCUUUAUGAAAAAAAAAAACCUCCUGUCCCCUUUUUUCCCCUGUUUCCCAUGCUCUGUUUUUGUUCUAUACGAGUUAUGUAUUUAAUAUUAGGUACGUUUACGUCUCUCUCGUAUGUAGAAUUGUUGUUAACUGUUGCAAUUUACGUACAUAUUUUAUUUGGUUUUUUGCGGUUUUUUGGUAAUCGAUCAGAGAUUUAUUUUUUUCUUCUUUCAACUAAGUUGGGUUCUAGUUUUUUGAAAUAUUAAUUAAUAUUUACUUGUAAUAUUAUUCGUACCUAUUCAAAAUCUACCUAUAAUUAUUUUUUGAAAAAAAAAAAAAAAAAAAAAUUAAUACCAAAAUAUGAUAUUAUUCCAAAUACAUAGAUCAUACAAAUCUACUAUUUCAAAUCAAUGUUUAUCUAGUGUAUAAUCGUAUAUCAAUACACUGUACCUAAAAUGUGAUACCUACCUAUAGAAAUUUAUGUAUAUUUAUAUACCUAGUUUUAUCAUUUCGUUUUGUGUAGUUUUUAACGAAGUAAUUUAUCAUAUGAGUACUGCAAGCCACAAUUGGCAGACUUGAUCAUUGUAACCAAAGUUGAAUGAUUGAAGACCCCCCAUGAGUUAUCCUAUUUUUGCCUUGCAAUUUUUUUUGUUAAAAUAUUAUACUUUUUUUGGAAAUAUAUCGAAAAAAAACUAAUGACAUUUGACGAUUGGAAAUUAGAUUUUUUAUAACUUUGUUCUGAUCUCAUUUUUUCGUUUCCAAACAUGAACCCUUCGCCCUCCUUAAAAAAAAGUAUUUUUUGAUAAUUAUCAAUAACGAACUAUAAUUUAGCCUCUCUCGAGUGACGGGCAGUUUUUUGGAUACCAGAUACCCCACAAAUAAUUUAUCAUACUCGAUAUUUGAGUCUAAUGCUUGAAACCCCCUAAUGGCAAAAAAAAUUGAGAGGAUAACUCGAGUUAUGCCCUUUUUUGCGUUGCUGUACUCAUUUAUGUACUGCGCUAUACCUACUUAUAGGUAUUCGUUUCAAAGUUUAUAUAAUAUUAUAUUUUUGAUUCGUGUGCUUAAAAGUUGCAAGUAGUACUUGUAAUGUAUAUUUUGUACUAUACUUACUAGGUAUAUGUAUUUUAUGUAUUUACCUAUUUUAUGAAGCAUUAUUCGUGCGGCGGUUUUACGCUGAGUAUUUACUUAUCUACUACACGGUGUACUUUAUUUUACGAAGUUGGAAUCCCCCCCCCCCUUCAUCAAGUCGAUACCUCGAGUGAGAAAACAAUUCCCUGUGUUUUAUUUUUCCUCCAUCUGUAAAAAAGAGUGAUACCCCCCCCCCCUCACACCCAGUUGAAAUCAAUUUUUAAAAAUGUUUAAAAAUUCAAUUUAUCGAAAAAUUUUGUUUUUACAUCAGAAUUCUUCUGAAACGAUCCCUUUUUUAUUAAAAAAAAAAAACUUUUCCGCCCCUUCAAACCAUAUUGACCCGAUAGAAAAGAGCCCCUCCAAAAUUUGAAAAUUUGAAAUAAAUCAAAAUCAGGGAAUUUUUUUAGAAAUAUCUCAUUUCCAUAUUAGAGUUUUUAGAAAGUUUGGUUUCUUUUUUUGUCAAAAUUGUUUUAAAAAAUCCCAAUUUGCAUCAGAAUUGUCUAUAGCAUUAAUUAUUUAUGACAAAAAAGACUUGAGUUUCGUUUAUUUGUAGACCUACCAAAAUUGUCAAAAACCCCUUUUUUAUUAAAAAGCCAUAAAAAAUCCUGCCUUCGCCAAAAAAUGCCCAAAAGAAGUGCCAUAAUUUCCCAAAAUUAUCAAAAGGUCCCAAUUUGAAAUUAAAGCAAAAGUUGUCAAAAAGUUUCAUUUUUGUCAAAAUUAUGAAGAAAUUUCAUUUUUUGGUGAAAUUUGAAAAAAAAAUUCAAAAAGUUAUUCUUUUAAAAUAUUGCCAAAUUAAAGUCGUGUUUUUUGCUAAAAUUGUCAAAAAGUUCCAUCAAGUUCUAGUUUGAAAUUUUUUCAAAAAUUGUCAGUAAGUUUCAUAAUUAUUGUAAACAAAAAAAAUCGAAAUUUUUGUCAAAAAGUAUGUUUUUUCCCCAAAAUUGUUAAAUAAAAGUCCUGGUUUAAAAUUUUUCCAAAAAUUGUUAGAAAAUCUCAUUUUUGGAAAAAUUGUAAUCAAACUCAAAUUUUUUGUAAAAAUUGAAUUUUUGUCAAAAACGUCUUUUUCUCAAAAUUGCCAAAUAAAUGUCUUUUUUUUCGAAAAUUUUUAUUUAAAAAGUGCAUUUUUUUCAAAAUUGUCAAAUAAAGGUCCAAAAGUUUCAUUUUUGUUAAAAUUUCCACAAAGUUUCAAUUUUUGAUAAAAUUGUAAAAAUUCCAUUUUUUUCAGAAAAGUUCUUUUUUUGAAAUUGUCCUAUAAAACACCUGUUUUUUUGUCAAAAUUGCCAAAAAGUCUCAAUUUUUGACAAAAUAAUCGUGUUCAAAUAAAAGUCCUGUUUUUUGCAAAAAUUGUCAAAAAGUUUCAAUUCUUAUCAAAAUUUGCUAAAAGUUCUAAUUUUUGUCAAAAAAGUAUUUUUUUUCAAAAUUGUCAAAUAAAAUUAGGCCUGCGUUUUUUUUUUUUACCAAAAUGCUCAAAAUAUAUUUUUUUCUUUCAUGAACUCCUAUAAAAAGUCCUGUUUUCUGCCUUUAAGUUCAUACGUCAAAAAGGACUGUUUUUUUUUUGUCAAAAUUCCAAUUUUUGCUUUUUUUACUUCCUUUUGUUUUUUUAUUUUUUAUUUUUAUUUUUUUUUUACUUACUUCAAAAAAUUUGAAAAGUGGUAAAUAGGAAAAAUUGUCUGGAAAAUAAUUUCUUCAAAAGAGAGGACAUCUUGUUUAAAUUUAUUGCAUUUCAAAUUUUUCCAACAUAAUACCGCAUUUGUAAGGUUAGAUUUGAAAAUUUUUAAGAAUUUUAUUCUAAAUAAUCCCCUUUUUUUUUAAAAAAAAAACUUUCGUUGGACCUCGAAUGAUGUUGACUGUUUUGUAUAGAGCCCCUCGCCCCUCAAAGGGUAUCGGAGCAUAUUAAAGGGUUCGGCCUGGAGAUGGAUUUCGACGAAACUCUCCCCAAAGGUGACCCAUGAUGAAAAAAUAUGCUGACAAAAUCUUUACGAAACCCAGCGCAAUUUAUCGGGGGGGGGGCGAAAUGUGUUUUUCAAAGUUUAUUUUCUAGUUGUCGAAAUCCAUCUUUGAGCCCAAAGCUCUUCAUUAUCCUCUUAUAUACCCUUUGAGGAAAAUAAAAAAAAGUAUAAAAUUGAUGUCUGAGGACAUUUUUGGAAAAUUUUUCAUUUAUGGAUAGAAUUGUAUUAAAUAAGCUCAGUUUCAAGAAAAACCUGAGUUCCAUAAGCAAUGUCUACACUUCUGAGAGUACACAUGUUCCCUUCUAAUAGAAGCUGCGGUCGCAUCUUCAUUCCCCUCCUUGUUAAAAACCUGUUUUUUUCUCAUAUAAUAAUUGACCAAAAAAAAACAGUUUUUUAUCGCAAUUACCAAAUUUUUUUACUUUUUUGUCAAAAUUACGAAAAAUCCUAAUUUUUUGUAAAAAUUGUAAAGAAGGUCCAUGUUUUUAUUUGUUAAGUUGCAAAAAAAAUGCGGUUUUUUUCAGAAUUGCCUGAAAAGUCUUGUUUUUUGUAAAAAUUUUGAAAAAAUCCUGUUUUUGUCAAACUUGUUAACUUGCCAAAAAAUCGUUUUUUUUUGUUUUAAUUAAAAUUGCCAUCAAGUCUUGUUUUUUUUUAUCGUCAAAAUCGCAGAAAAAUCUUUUUUCGAUUAAAACCAGAAAAUCUUUUUUCUUUGACAAUGAUACAAAAAUCUGUUUUUUUUUUUUGCAUAAAAAUUGUCAAAUAAGUAUAAUUACUUUUUAUCGAAAUUACCAAAACUUUUACUUAUUUUUUGCGCUAGAAUUGCAAAUGUUGGAUAUUUGUUUAUCAAAACUAUAAAACGACAGUACAUCUAUUUUUAUGUAUAAAAAGACCAGUUUUUUCUGCUCAUAAUUUGUCUUAAAUGUUUACCUUUUUUUUGCCUAAAUUGUAAAAAUCUUCAAAAUUGUCUAAAAGUUUUGUCUGGAAAGGUUCUAAAAUUGCAAGAAAUUCGUACUUACAUUUUGCAAAUUCCCUCAAAGUCAUUUCUAAGCAGAGUUACUUUUAAAUAACCACAUUUUCAAAAUAAAAAAAACUCCCUUGGUCCUCCAAGUGAUGUUGGUCCCCUUGUAUAAAGCUCAUAAAGUUAAAAAUAUCUAAAAAAAAAAUAAAUAUUUAAAAAUUCAACUAUUUUUUUUUUUUUUUUAAAUUCAAUCUCUUCUCUUAGUUCUUUUACAUGACUUCAUCUUCGAGAAAAAAUCUCAAUCUUUCAUUAAAUUAAAUUAUUUUUAGAAAUUGAGGGAGGCAAAUCGAGAACAUUACAUACUUGUACUGCUGUUCUAUUUAUUAAUUUUUUUCUUUUUUGAGAAAGGGGACACUCUUUGAGCUAAAUCUAAUGAUUAGAAAGUAAAAAAAAAAAAAAUGCAUUUUUUCGGAUUUCUCGUACUUUUUUAAUUUGAAAAUUUUGUCUAAUACUUCGAUUUUUUCAUAUUUUGUCGUCACUUAUUUUUCACCGAGGAAGCUGAAAAUUGUAUGGCAUGAUUUUCUCACCCGAGGUAACAACUUAAGGGGAUGGGAGCGGAAAAAAACGAAAAAAAAAGUAUAUAAGGUACACCCUAUUACGUACCUACUGUUACUGUAUGUGCUGUAGUUGUUGUUGAUAACUAGCAUAAAAACACUAUGAUGAGUAAUGCGUGAACCUUUGUAUAUAUUUUAUGUAUUUUUUCUUUUUGCGGAAAAAUUUAAGGUAACGUAAGGCCGAUGAAUCGGUGUACAGUGUGUUAUAAAAUCUUUUUGUAAAAUGAUAAUGAUGGAAAAAAUAUACAUUACCUAUUGUGGUA